AUGGAUUUUACUGAUGAAAGAUAUUUCCAAAUAGAAAAAUUAGCUGAAAAAAUAUCAGAUGAAGAUUCGAAAAGACGACAACAUAUAGAAAUUAAUUAUGAACUACCGAAAUUAUCGGAUAAAAACUUACCAACAAUAAAAGAGUUUUAUAAGAAUCAAAAUGUGUUUAUAACUGGAGGUAAUGGAUUUAUGGGAAAAGUGCUUAUUGAAAAAUUACUUCGUAGCUGUCCUGAUAUCAACAAAAUUUAUUUAUUACUACGACAAAAGAAAGGAAUUACACCAGAGAAACGAUUAAAUGAUAUGUUAGAAUCUCCUAUCUUUGAUCGUUUGAAAAAUGAAAAUCUCAACAGUGUAUCAAAACUAAUAAUUAUUCAUGGAGAUUGUGAACAGACCAAUAUAGGGAUGUCGAAUAAGGAUAUUGAAAUAUUAAAAGAAAACGUAAACAUUAUAUUCCAUGCAGCUGCAUCCGUGCGUUUUGAUGAUCCUUUAAAAAAAGCUGUGCUAAUGAAUACUAGGUCAGCCAGAGAUUUAAUUUCAAUUGCUAAACAAAUGAAACAUUUAAAGGUAUUUGUCCACCUUUCUACAGCAUAUUGUAAUAUAGACAAACAAAUUAUUCACGAAAAAGUUUAUCCACAACAAGCAAAUUGGAAACAUAUAAUUCACAUGGCAGAAACAUUUGAUGAUGAAACAAUCAAAUUACUCACAGCCAAAAUUUUAAAUGAUUUUCCAAAUACGUACACCUUUACAAAAUCACUUGCAGAGAAUGUAAUAAAUGAUGAAUGUGAAAAUAUACCAACUGUAAUAUACCGACCAUCGAUUGUUUUUUCUAGUGAAAAAGAACCAAUACCUGGCUGGUUAGAUAACUUAAAUGGACCCUUAGGUUUCUACUUGGCCUUUGGAACUGGUUUGUUACAUGUGUGUUAUGCAGAUGAAAACGUAGCGCCCGAUCAUGUACCCGUGGACCAUGCUAUUGCUAACAUGAUAGUUGCAUCAUGGUACCAAGCGAACAACACUAUUAGCAAUAUUAAAAGAAGCUUAGUUAUCAACGCUUGUACAUCAAACGUAGCACUAAUUACAUACCGUUAUAUGAAAUUCUGCUCAAAGAAAUUAUUUGAAUUAUAUCCAUUUUAUCGAAGAAUUUGGUAUCCAUUUAUUCUUCUCAUCACAAAUAAACUUGUAUUUGACAUUGCUUUUCUUUUUCUACAAAUAAUCCCUAGUAUUUUUAAACAAAUUAUGGUCAAUCUAUCAGGUCAAAAGUUCCCAGUACUUAAAAUGUGUAGAAAAAUAUAUAUUGCAAAUGUGGCUUUAAAACCGUUCAUGACAAAUCAAUGGUCAUUUUUGAAUGGUAAUUAUUUGUCAUUGAACAAAGUAGUGAAAUGUGAUGACAAAAACGAUUUCUGUGUAGACGUUCGGAAAUCCGAUAAAUUUUCUGUUUUAGCUUAUGGUCUAUACGGAUUGAAGAAAUAUAUGUUAAAAGAAAAUAUUGAUGAUAAAAAUGCUCUUUUGAAAGCUCAAGCUUUGUAUAAAAAAUUUAGUAUGGCUCAUCGCAUGGUGAUUCUUUUAUUUUGGAUUAUUUUCCUAUUUGUGUUUUAUAAAAGUUUUCUUUUAAAAAACUUAACAUAUUGUAAUCUUUAUAAACAAAUCAUUUAUGAAAAAGUUUAUCCACAACAAGCAAAUUGGAAACAUUUAAUUCAAAUUGCAGAAACAUUUGAUGAUGAAACAAUCAAAUUACUCACAGCCAAGUAA